UGGGCGGGCCGGGAGGCAGGGCCAGCCGGCGGGCUCCGCGCAGCGGCCGCUGCUCCUGCUCGGGCCGGGCGCAGGCGCUGCAGCCUGUUCUCCUUCGGGAAGCGGGUUCCGACCCGCACGGCUCCGUCAAUGAGCUGCGAGGUUGUUGCGCUGUACUUUGCCAAGAGCGCUGAAUUGGCAGGUGUUCGCUCUGAGAUUAUUUCUGUACUGCAACAAUUAACCUCUCUACAGCUGUGGGAAGAAAUUGUGAAAAGGCAUCCAAGACUUGCUGCCAUUCAGGAUCAAGUGGUUUUCGCUGUUCGCCAGGAAUACGUGCUUCUUGGUGAUCAGCUUCUGGUCCUGCAGUCAGGUGACGAGGUUGCCAUUAUCCCACCUAUCAGCGGGGGCUAACUCCUGGCGAACACA